CCUGUACUGUGUCCGCAGUUUCUGGUCAUCUCCUGUACUGUGCCCGCAGUUUCUGGUCAUCUCCUGUACUAUGUCCGCAGUCUCUGGUCAUCUCCUGUACUGUGCCCGCAGUCUUUGGUCAUCUCUGUACUGUGUCCGCAGUCUCUGGUCAUCUCCUGUACUGUCCGCAGUCUCUGGCCAUCUCCUGUAGUAUGUCCGCAGUCUCUGGUCAUCUCCUGUAGUAUGUCCGCAGUCUCUGGUCAUCUCCUGUAGUAUGUCCGCAGUCUCUGGUCAUCUCCUGUAGUAUGUCCGCAGUCUCUGGUCAUCUCCUGUAGUAUGUCCGCAGUCUCUGAUCAUCUCCUGUACUAUGUCUGCAGUCUCUGGUCAUCUCCUGUACUAUGUCUGCAGUCUCUGGUCAUCUCCUGUACUAUGUCUGCAGUCUCUGGUCAUCUCCUGUACUAUGUCUGCAGUCUCUGGUCAUCUACU